AGACCGCUUUUGGCACGAGGCCUACAUUUGAAUCUUAAGUUUUGAAGCAUGGCAUUCGCGCCACCGGCUCGAAGCACGGUGCUUGAGUUCUACCUCAAUGGCGAAAAGGUUAAGGUGGCCGACCCCGACCCUCGCCAGAUGCUGAUUGAGUAUUUGCGAGACGCGAAGGGGCUCAGCGGCACAAAGAGGAGCUGCCUGCAGGGCGGCUGCGGCGCCUGUGUAGUGGCUGUUCAGGAGUAUGACGUUGCCACGUCUCGCUGGUUGUACCGCUCGGUCAAUAGUUGCUUGAAGCCGUUGGUGAGCUGCCACGGGCUCUCGGUGACCACCGUGGAGGGGGUGGGCUCGGAGCGGAAGUGUCUGCACCAGGUGCAGAAGCGCAUCGCCGAGAACCAUGGCAUGCAGUGCGGUUUUUGCACUCCCGGCAUGGUCAUGAACACCUAUGCCCUGCUCCGCAGUGGUGGGAAGCCGACCGCGGAGGAGUCCAUGAAGAAUUACGAUGGCAACAUCUGCCGCUGCACGGGCUACCGAAACCUGGUCCAGGCCUCGGAGAGCUUCUGUAAGGACGCCUCGCCAGAGGCGCUGGCGCUGGCCGAGCGGUGCGGCCAGCACGACGCGGACGUGUGCGACAAGAUCAGCAGCCGGGAACACCAUUCCAUGGAGAAAAUGUCCGAGUCUGUCACCUUCGCAAAGGAUGGAUUCACCUGGUAUGCGCCGCUCUCACUUGGCGAAGUCUUGGAGUUCAAGAAGGCCAACCCCAGGGCUAUGUACGUCCUGGGAGACACCGCAAAGGGCAUCCGACAGGCGGCCUAUGAGGUCAUGAACGGCCGUGCGUCUCACGUGAUCUCCUUGAGACAUGUGACAGAGCUGAACGUCCUGACCAAGUCGGGCGCAGGCUUGACCAUUGGCGGCGCGCUCACGAUUCAGCACAUCGUGGAGGCGCUGGAGCGGAUGCAAACUGAGCACUCGGACCUCCAGUGGCCCUCAGCUUUGGCUGAAGCCAUGAAGUACGUGGCUCAGCAUCACAUCCGCAGCGAAGCAGGCUGGGCAGGGAACUUGCUGAUCACCAUUCAGCGCGGAUUCCCCUCCGACCUCUUCCCAGCUUUGUUGGCAGCUGAUGCGGAAGUGUCCUUCGUUACCACCAAUGCACAAGACGAGAAGCGUAUCCCGAUCGCGGACUUCAAGCCGGGAGCAGUGCCCUUCAAUGCGCUGCUCACAAAGCUGCACAUCCCCAAUCUGGGCAGCGCCUUCUUCAAGUACUACCGCGUGGGUCAGCGCAAGUGGCUUUCUCACUCCUUUGCCAGUGCAGGCUUCCGUGUCACCGUGGAUGGCUCUAAAAAGAUCACGGAGGCUCGAGUGAGCACAGGCUACUGGGCUGCCACCCCGUCACGCUCCUUGCAAGCUGAAGCUGCCCUAGUGGGCAGCACCUUCGACACGGCGACUCUGCAGAAGGCCAUCGCUGCAGUGCACAGCGAGCUGGAGUUCGCCGAAGAGCGCCAGUUCCAAACUGUGGACAACCCCGAGGGCAAGGACAAGUAUCGGCGCAACUUGCCUGAUAGCUACCUCUUCAAGUUCUUCCAGGAGGCGCAGAGCUUCUAUGGCAUCAAGUCCUGGCCGGAUGAGAUGGGAACGCUUUCGGCGCUGCCGCUGAAAGCAGGAAAUUUGCAGUUCCAGGAGGUGCCCGGCUUGGAGAAUAAGCCCCAGUGCUCUGCCAACGGCCUCACCACCGGCUCAGUGCGUUACACAGAUGACCAACCCAUCCCCGCGCUCUUCGGCUACCCAGUGCUGAGUGAAGCAUCCACCGGCAAGCUCGAGAGUUUGGACGUGGCGGAAGCUCUCAAGGUGGAGGGUGUCGUGGACAUCAUCACUGCUGUGGACAUUCCUGGACAGAAUUGCGCUGGCUUUGUUCCAGGCGAAGAGCCGGUAUUUGUCGAGAUUGGCGGGAGCAUCAUGACCUCGGGCCAGCAGUUGGCCUUGGUGGUGGCGGACUCCUACCGAACUGCCAAGAAGGCUGCUGGUUUGGUGCAGGUGAAGAUCACCGGCGCCAACGAAGGCGCCAUUGUCACCCUGGACCAGGCGAUCGAAGCAGGAUCCUUCUUGCAGGGAGCCCACUUCAAAGACGUGGUCAACAAGGGCGACGUGGACGCCGGCUUCAAAUCCAGCGACCUUGUCUUCGAAGGCACUACCUACGUCAUUGGGCAGCACGCCUUCCCGCUGGAGAAGCAAACUGCUUUGGCAGUUCCCGAGGAGAAGAAGGGCAUGACCGUCUGGCACUCCACGCAGGGCCACGACUUUACCCGUGCCAAGCUGGCGGGCGUGCUGGGUGUGCCGGGCGCCUUUGUGGUGUGCAAGCAGAGCCGUGCCGGGGGUGCCUUCGGGCCCAAGAACAGCCGCCAGGUGCCAGUGGCCGCCAUGGCCGCGGUGGCUGCCCACAAGUUGGAGAAGGCUGUGAAGGUGGCUUUCGAAGCAACCUUGGAGCAGCAGGCGGUGGGAGGACGUCAUGGCUUCAAAACCAAGUACAAGGUGGGAGUGACCAAGGAAGGCAAGAUCCAGUCGUGUGACAUCGAGUCUUGGUGCAACGGCGGUUGCACGCACGACUUCACAGGAUUCUUGACGCUGGAGAUGGGGGAGGCGAUCCCUGGUGUGUACAACUGGCCCAAUAUGAAGAUCAACGUCCAUGCGAUGAAGACUAACUUACCGAGCAACACUGCGGUCAGAUCCUUUGGCAGCCCCCAAGGCUACUUUGUUUGCGAGGCCAUCAUUGAGGAGAUUGCCGGCAGGCUGGAGAAGCCGGUAGAAGAGAUCCGAGAAAUGAACAUGUGUGGCAAAGAGAACGCCGUGACUCCCUGGGGCCAGCCCAUGGAGUUUUACAACGUAGACUCGAUGUGGAAGAAGCUGAAGCAGGACGCGAAAUUCCAAGAGCGGGAGGCAGCCUGCAAGGCCUUCAAUGAGCAGCACCGAUGGCGCAAGCGGGGCAUCAGUGCCGUGCCUUUGGCAUAUGGCCACAGCUACGCCUAUGCUGCGGGCACCGGCGCACUGGUGAACGUUCACGGCUCCGACGGCUCCGUCACAGUGCAUCACGGUGGCUGCGAGAUUGGUCAAGGAAUCCACACCAAAGUGGCGCAGGUGGUGGCCAUGUCGUUGGGCUGCCCACUGGACCUUGUCCGUGUUGCGGAUACCAACACUGAGGUGGUGCCCAACGCGCGGUUCACUGGUGGCUCCAUCACCACAGAGGUGGUCUGCGAAUCCGCGAGACAGGCCUGCAAACAGCUGGUGGAGACGCUCCGACCGCACAAAGAGUUCCUCACCAAGAAAGACGGCAAGGAGCCGGGCUGGCCGGAACUCGUGGCCGCAGCCAACACACUGCUGGGGCACCAGGAGAAACUCUCAGCCACAGGUGUAUUUGCGCCUCAGGGAAAUCAGUACGCUACGGAUUUGGAGGGCAAUGCGUUGGGCAAGUACCAUGGAGAUUACUUCACAUAUGGCGCAGGCAUCUCAGAAGUGGAGCUGGACGUGCUCACAGGGGAAAUCAGGGCGUUGCGCUCAGACAUCCUCUACGACGUUGGGCAGUCCAUCAAUCCUGGCAUUGACCUGGGCCAACUGGAGGGAGCCUUUGUCUAUGGCAUCGGGUACUACCUCUACGAGGAGCCCCUGCGCGAUGCCCGCGGCGUUGAGCGCUCCCAGGGCGUUUGGGCCUACAAGCCACCAAUGGCCGCGGAGGUGCCUGUGGAGUUUAACGUCGAGCUGCUUCGCGACAACCCUUUCCCAAAGGGUGUGCUGGGCUCGAAAGCCAUCGGAGAGCCUCCUUUCAUGCUGGCCUACAGUGUGCUCGGAGCCGCAAAGAAGGCCAUCGCGUCUGUGCGGCAUCAGCACGGUCUCAGCGAGCACUUCCAGAUGCCCAUGCCCUGCACGGUGGAUGCCAUCCAGAAGGCUUGCGGAGUUGAAGCAAAGCAUUUUGAUUGCUCGGUUUAGGCACAGCGCGUGCUUCAGUUUCAAGGGCAAAAGCUCCUUCGGCCAAGUGCGCUGGGCGCAUUUGUGUUUUAUACCUCUCCAGUAGAGAGCUUCAGAGUACAGAGCGUGGAUCGCAAGCUGUCACAUUGCAGGCUUCCCUGUGAGCCAGUUUUGUGAGAGAACAUGCGUGCAACGAACGCUUGGGAUCACGCCCCGUAGGCAGAGAGAUGACUAGGCGAUUUGCGCGAAAUCUCCUUU